AUGCCGAAGACGUCGUUCCUCCGCAACUACUCCAAGACGUCGAAGACGCCCCGCCGCCCCUUCGAGAAGGAGCGCAUCGACGGCGAGCUCAAGCUCGUCGGCGAGUACGGCCUGCGCAACAAGCGCGAGCUCUGGCGCACGCAGCUCGCGUUGGCCAAAAUCCGCAAGUCGGCGCGCGCUCUCUUAACGUUGGAACCCAAGGACCCCAAGCGCAUGUUCGAGGCGCCCGCUUUAUUGAGGAGAUUGCAGAGGUACGGCCUCGUCGAGGACUCCGAGAUGGACCUCGACUCCGUCCUCCAGAUGACGACGCAGCGGCUGCUCGAGCGCCGCCUGCAGACGAAGGUGUUCAAGCAGGGCCUCGCCAAGAGCAUCCACCACGCGCGCGUGCUCAUCAAGCAGCGCCACAUUAGAGUGGGCAAGCAAGUUGUUAAUGUCCCGUCGUUCAUGGUCCGGUUGGACAGCGAGAAGCACGUCGACUUCGCGGCGACGUCGCCCUACGGCCAGGGCCGGCCGGGCCGCGUGGCCCGCAAGCGGGCCGCGGCCAAGGCCGCGGCCGGCGGCGGCGGCGACGGCGGCGAGGAGUCGGACUAG